AUGAUGAUUUAAGGAUUUGUACUCAAAAUGAAGCUGAAUAUUAUUUUUCUAAAAUGUUCAAGAAAGCCAAUAUUGAAGAGGUAAUAGGCAUGUACUAUCAAAAACGCUUUUUUGAUAUUAAUUUAUAAUUUAUAAAUAGAUGAUGAUAAUGAAAUAUGUAAUUAAAAGACACUUAAACUCAUUUAGAUUAUCAUGUAUUCAAGUAAUACUGUUGUUUAUUAAUUGUUUGAAUCAUUAAGUUAUCUAUUUAUCUAUGUCUAAUUAAUAUUUAACCAUUAGAUUAACAAUUCUAUUAACAAAUUAUCUGCCUUGUAAAUUAUUUUAAAAGGUUUCAGAAUUUUGAUUGUAUAGAUUAAACUUGUUCUAGAGUAUUAUCAUUAAUAUAGCAUUGGUGAUAAGUAUUCAAAUGUAGUCCUAGUAUUUCAUUUUGUAUUACGAAAAUAUUUACUAAUGAGUUGGGAUUAUUUUGUUUUAUGA